AUGGCGCACUACUACGAUGGUACCGAUCCGAUGUCCAUGUACAGAAAUGCCAUGAUGGCUCGUGGAGGUCGUCCACGUCGCUUCGACGAGUAUUACCGGUGCUACCCAAUCGCCAUGAUGCCAGGACCAGAGCGCGAAGCUGCCAACCACGGUGGCAAGAUGUUUCUUCCCGCGUCGGCGCUCGACAAGCUUACACAAUUGCACAUCACAUACCCCAUGCUGUUUGAGCUCGUGAAUGGAAGCAAAGGGAAAAGUACACAUGCUGGAGUGCUCGAGUUCACUGCGGAAGAGGGCCGUUGUUAUCUACCAUACUGGCUCAUGCAAACGCUUCAACUCGACCCUGGUGAUCUAUUGCAGACCAAGUCCACCGAUCUCCCUCCAGGACAAUUUAUCAAACUUCAACCUCAAAACACCAAUUUCCUUGACAUCAGCGACCCCAAAGCAGUCCUCGAAACAGCCUUCCGGAAUUUCUCUUGCCUGACUCUCGGCGAUGUCUUCACAUUUUCCUACAACGAUACUGUAUUCGAAAUCGCGGUCCUCGAAGUCAAACCUGCAGGAUCAAAAAACGCCAUCAGUGUACAAGAGACAGACUUGGAGGUAGAUUUUGCUGCACCAGUGGGCUAUCAGGAGCCGCAAAGGACUACUGGGACAAAUACACCAGGGAGCAUUGCAUCGACCAUGGCAAGCAAAGGAGGCAUGAUGCAUGCAGAAGGAACGAUGGCGCAGGCAAUAAACUAUGCUGCCAUUGCACCUUCAUCCGACACCGCUGCGAAUGGUGCGGCAUCACAGAACUUUUCUGGUGCAGGCAACAGACUAGUGACAAAGAAGGGUAAAGCAGCAGCUGGCGCACCGAGUGCAUCUUCCUCAGCCAAGGAGAGCUCUGUCGCCAUACCCGGGGCCGUUGGCAAGACCAUCAGCAAAAAUCGAAAUGGCCCACAACCGCUACGCCUACCAUCUGGCAAAUUGUUCUUUGGCUACGAAAUCAAACCAUUACGGAACAAAGAUGCCGAAGCCGAAGCAGAGUCACAGAAGAAACAUCAUUUCUCGGGAGAAGGGCAGACACUCAGAAAGAAGAAAGAUGGAAAGUAA